AUGUCUCCGAAACGCAAAUCUACUGGUCCUCGCAGCGCUAGUCAAAGCCAGCAGUCUACCCUUUCUUUCGCCGGCAGGAAUAGCAAAGUCACCAAAGCAUCGUCGCCGCGGAAUGCUAAAGGUUCCAAGAAGGAUCCGGCAUUGUUUGAGGAUAUUGCCAGUACAGAUGUGAAGGCCGAAGCAGAGCCUGAUCUUGAGGAGCCGACGACCGCGGAUGUAGCAAUCGAAGAGCAAGCCGAAGCCGAACUCGACCCUCUCGCAGCAGCAGACAUCAAGACCGAAGACGUCCUAGGCGGUCGCGCAGAAGAGAGCGAAGCAGGUGCGGCAGGAGGCAGAGAUGGCUCAGGCUGGAUAUCAGAUGAAGCAGAGCGAGCACGCAAGAUUCCCACGACGCAGAUCAACAAGUACUGGAGAGCGAAGGAGCAAGAGCGGAAAGCACCGAGGGUACAUCAGCAGGACUUAACUGUGUCGGAGAAGAUCUUGAGGGAGUGGGAUAUGAGCAAUCAAUACGGGCCAGCGAUAGGCAUCGCUCGCCUGAAGCGGUGGAAGAGAGCAAACAUGCUCGGACUGGAGCCUCCGAUCGAGGUCCUCGCGGUCCUGCUUAAGGAUAUGGACGAUGGGAGCGCAAAGUCGCAGAGAGCUUAUGUGGACGAGUUAAUGAGCUCGCGCUUUGUGGAGACUUGA